AUGCAACAUAUAUGCCCGUUAGAAAAUAAAUCAUUUUUAUCAGAACAAAAUGAAAGUGUUAUUAAACACUUAAAAAAGUGCCCUCUUUUUCUAAAAUAUUUAUAUUUUCAUUAUAAUCCUUUUUAUUUUUCUCAUGUUAAUGAUAGUCUAUAUUUAUUGGAAGGUAGUAAUAUAGAAAACAUUCUAAGUGAAUACUAUGAUUUAUUUAAUAAAUUAAUAGACAUUAUAAAAAAAUAUAUAAAUAUUACAAAUUAUGAACAAUUUUUAGAGUUAAAAUAUAAUAUACUGCUAAAAUAUUAUUUGAAAUAUGGUAAAAAUGAUUUAAUAAAAAAAUUUGAAGAAAAUUCAUUUUUUGAAAAAUUAAAAAGAAAAAUUCAUAAUGAUAAUGAAAGUCAAAUAGAUAUUAAUUUAAACAAUGCAGAUGAUUUUUUAACUUAUUAUAUUGAUAAAUUAAAAUUAUUUAUAUCAGAAAAAAGGAGAAAUAACAAUGAUAAUAAUGAGAUAAAAGUUGAAGAAAAAAACAUCAAUAAAUUAAUUUUUUUCAAAAAUAAAAAUAAUGAAACUUAUGAAAAAAAGGAAGAUUUCUUUUAUGAAACGAAUAAUAUAAAAAAAAAUAACAAUGUUGUAAAUGAGGAAAAUCAGAUUAAUAAUUUCUUUACUGUUAAUAGUCAUUUAAAAAAAAAAAAUAGAAAGUAUACUUUACCUAUUUUAAAUUUAGAAAACAUAGGAAAAAUUCAUAAUUACAAAAUAAUUAGAGAUAUAGUAAAUUUUAUUGAUGCGAAUAUAUUUUUGAAUGAAAAAAUUAAUAAAGAAACUAAUUCAAACAAUCAUUUUAAAUAUAAUUUUAUUGAUAAAGAAAAUUUUAAUAAGGAUGAAGUUCUUAGUAUUGUAAUAUAUCUAACCAUUUAUCUCUGCUGUAAAACGAAUAUUAUAAAAAGGAUAAAAAAUAAGACAUUCAAUAGAGAAGAUAAUUUUGAUAAUUUAACAAUGUCUAUAUAUUUUUUUUUAGAAAAUUUAGAUAAGCAUGAUAUACAGAAUAUAAACAUGUUGUUUUUGCUAUUAUAUUUUAAUGAUACAUUUAGUGAAUAUUUUAAAAAUUUAUUUAAUCAAAUAAAUUCUUUUAUAAAUGAUAACAAGUAUAAUUUAUUUAUUGAACUUGGUGCUGGUAAAGGAAACACUACAAGAUGGUUAAAUUUUGUUAUGAACAAUUUAGGUGAAAUAGUUAAAAAAUUUUAUUUUAAUAUGAUAAAUAAAAUAGGAAAUAAAAACAGUGAUGGUAAAUGUAAUGAGAAUGAAUUUAUUAAAGAAAAUUUAAUAAAUGAUAAUAAAAAUACUAUAGAUAUAGAAUCACAAAAAGAAAGAUGUAAAAUUAUGAUAAUUGAAAAAGAAUCUGUUAGAAAUAAAAAAGAGAAAAAGGAUUUUUUUAUGAAUAUAGUUCAAAAUAAUAGCAAAGAUAUGUAUAGAAUAAAAGCAGAUAUAUCUGAUUUUAAUUUAAGCAAAUUCAUAUAUUUAAUUAGAAAUGGAAUUAUAAAAUCAGAGAAUAUGUUUAUUCCUGACAUAAUUAAUUUUUAUUAUUUUAAAGAUAUCUAUAAAAAAAAAAAGUUAAAUCAAUUAAACAAUAACGUUAUGAUGGAAAAUGAAAAAAAGGAACACAACGAACUAAAUAAUAACACAAAUUUUUUAAUAUCAGAAGAUUAUUUAAAAUCUAAUUUGAUAUUCAUUCAAAAUUAUUUUGAUAUAAAUAUUAAAAAAUUAUACUGUUUUUUAACACAAGGAAAUAACAACAUUUUAAAGUUCGUAGUUUAUAAUAAUAUGAACACUUUUUUAAGUAACUUUGAUUGUCAAAGAGUUAUAUUUUUAACAAAACAUUUAUGCGGAAAUGGAACAGAUCUAGCAUUAAGAAUGCUAAUAAAUAAUGCUAAGAAUAAUGAUGUAGAAAACUAUUUUAUUUUAGCACCAUGUUGUCAUCACAGGUGUGAUGUGGAAAGAGUUUUAGGAUUUAAAUAUUUAAAAAAAUUAAACAUUGAUAAAAAAUAUUUUCAAUAUAUGGUUAAUCAUAUGUCAGGUUAUGCAUCUUGUAAUAGCAAAAUAAAACAGUCUAUUGGAAAAAAAGUUAAGCAAUUACUUGAUCUCUCAAGAAUUCUUUAUCUUUUAGAAGAAGGAUUGCAAAAUGUUUACUUGAUAAAGUAUGUUAAUCGAAAUAUAACAUUGGAAAGUUAUGCAAUCGUAUUUUUUAAUCAUCAAAAAUUAAAUUUAAGAAAUUUCAAAUAUUAUUAA